AUGCUCCUCCCAUCCGCCAUAUCCUGCGACUCGCGCCAACUCCCCACGCGCACCCGCUUCACACCCAGCCGCCUCUUCCCAUCCACCCCGCCCCCAUCGUCCGACGAUGGCUUCAUCGCCGGCAACGGCUUGCUGGGGACCUGUCGAGCCCUACAAGCCCUCCUCAACACCAACGCCUCCUCCACCUCUCCCGUCUCCUCACCACGCCACGUAAACGCAAAGACAGAACAACGACUACAGAGCCCGCUGCAUGUGCGACCUCAACAACAACAACAACAACAACAACAACAGCAGCAGCACCAGCACCAGCAGCACCAGCACCAGCAGCAACAGCAGCAACAGCAGCAGCAGCAGCAGCAUCAGCAUCAGCAUCAGCAUCAGCAUCAGCAUCAGCAACAGCAUCAUCAACAGCAACAACUACUAUUACAUGCCUAUACAACUACACGCGUGCAGAGGGUUAUGAAGCCUGCGCAAAAGAUGCAGCUGCAACUGCAGCAGAGGGAGAGGGAGAGGGGGAUGAAUAAGCGGCGCAGAGACAUUUAUGAAGACGACAGCGAUAGUAGCAGCAGUGGUGGUCGCGAGGGAAGGGUUGCGAGGGAUGGUUACAUGUUCUCGACACCGAAAAGGCGCCGGCGCGCCCCCCCUGAGUUACCACUUGGUCUUGUCCGGGCGGAUUUUCAGUCGCUGGAGUCCCCGGGGGCCCUGCGGCUGCUGCCUUCGCCACAUUCAUCGGGGGAUAUUCCUGUUUCUGUUUCUGUUUCUGUUUCACGAGGUGGUGAAGGAAGCGUUGUUGGUCAUCAUGUCUUGCGAUCGGAGGGUUGCGAUGGUAAAGUCGAUGCUGGUGACGGUGGUCAUACCGCUUCGUCAGACCCGCAGUCAGACUGGACGAGUGAGGAUGAUAGGAAACUAGUGGAGCUUGUGCUGGAGAAACUGAAGCUGUCGAAGCGGGAUUGGAGUGAGUGUGCACGCAGGAUGGGGAAGGACAAUGAUAGUGUUGGGAGGCGGUGGAAGGCGCUUGUGGGGGAGGGGAAUGUGGGACUGCGAAGGGGGAGAAAUAUCGUUAGAAAUCGGAUUCAUGAGAAUUGGAGGGGUGAUACUUGA